UGCUCUGCUCGGCUCACUCUCAUCGCCAACAUUUCUUCAAUUCCCACCUCAAAAAUCCUCACUCUUCCCGGCAACUCUGUUCACUCCAACGAACAAAUUGCCAACAAUUUUCUGCAAAAUCUGAACUAAACCAGUAAAUGAUUUCAAUGCAAACCUUAUCUCUACCAUCUUCACCCACUACUCCAUCACCAUUUUCUCUCUUAAGACCUCCCCUUUCUCAAAGAGUCUACAUUCCCUCUCAUAUUUACAAACACCCAACUGCAAUUCUUCUCGAAAUUUGCACUUCAAUUCAAGAGCUCCAUCAAAUUAUUCCUCAUAUAUACAAACAUAAUUUAUACAAUGAACAUCUCUUUCAAACUAAGCUUGUUAGUUUGUUCUGUAAAUUCAAUUCAAUGGAUGAUGCUGCUCGUGUUUUUUACCCAAUUGAGGAUAAACUUGAUGCUCUUUACCAUACUAUGUUAAAAGGGUAUGCUUAUAAUUCCACCAUUGACGAAGCUUUUUCGUUUUUUUGUAAGAUGAAAUGUGAUGGGGUUGAGCCAAUUGUGUAUAAUUUUACGUAUUUGUUGAAGUUGUGUGGUGAUAAUUCGGAUAUUAGAAGCGGUAGGGAGAUUCAAGGGCAGUUGAUUGUUAAUGGUUAUGCGUUUAAUUUGUUUGCAAUGACUGGAGUUAUGAAUAUGUAUGCUAAAUGUAGGGAAACUUUUGAUGCAUAUAAGAUGUUUGAUAGAAUGCCUGAGAAAGAUGUGGCUUCUUGGAAUGCUAUUAUUUUUGGGUAUGCUCAAAAUGGGUAUGCUAAAAUUGCAUUAGAGUUGCUUGUGAGAAUGCAGGAAGAAGGAACGAAGCCUGAUUGGAUUACAGUGAUCACGGUUUUGCCUGCGCUAGCGGAUAUGGGUAAGCUGAUUAUGGGAAAAUCUGUACAUGGGUAUGUUUUGAGGGCCGGUUUUGAUUGUUAUGUGAAUGUGUUAACUGCAUUGGUUGAUAUGUAUGCAAAAUGUAAAGCAGUGAGGACUGCUAGGUUGAUUUUUGAUUCGAUGGAAUCUAAGACUGUUGUUACUUGGAAUUCUAUGAUUGAUGGGUAUGUUCAAAGUGGGGAUCCUCAGGAAGCAUUGACACUUUUUGAGACAAUGUUGGAUGAAGGAAUUGACCCGAGUGAUGUAUCAUUCAUGGAAGCUAUACAUGCUUGUGCUGACUUGGGAGAUGUAGAGAAGGGUAUGGUCAUUCAUAGAAUGUCGGAUCAAUUGGGGUUUGAUUCUAAUGUCUCUGUUACGAAUUCCUUAAUUUCUAUGUAUUCGAAAUGUAAGAAGGUUGACGAGGCAAUGAAGUUGUUCGACAGCUUAAAUAAUAAGACUAGGGUGUCCUGGAACGCCAUGAUCAUAGGUUUUGCACAAAAUGGUUGUGUAAAUGAGGCAUUGAAUUAUUUUAGUGAGAUGCAAUUAAGAAAUAUCAAGUUGGAUUCAUUCACUUUGGUCUGUGUGAUUCCUGCUUUAGCUGAGUUAUCCAAUUUACGUCAGGUAAAGUGGAUCCAUGGACUUGCGAUAAGAACCUGCUUGGACACAAAUAUUUUUGUAAAGACUGCUCUUGUUGACAUGUAUGCAAAGUGUGGAGCAAUUCAUACUGCAAGGAAGCUUUUUGAUGGCAUGGAUGAGAGGCACGUGACAACUUGGAAUGUCAUGAUAGAUGCAUAUGGGACACAUGGGCUCGGAGAAACAGCACUCAAACUUUUCUCAGAAAUGCUGAAAGGUUCAAUCCUACCAAACGAGGUGACAUUUUUGUGCAUCAUAUCAGCUUGCAGCCACUCAGGUCUUGUUGAACAUGGGAAGUAUUACUUUGAAAUGAUGAAAGAAGUAUAUAAUUUGGAGCCUGCAAUGGAUCACUAUGGAGCUGUGGUGGACCUUUUGGGUCGAGCUGGUCAUCUAGUCCACAAGAACAUUGAAUUGGGAGAGAAAGCAGCUGAUAGGUUGUUUGUUCUGAAUCCAGAUGAUGGUGGUUACCAUGUAUUGCUGGCUAAUAUAUAUUCUGCAGCGUCAAUGUGGGAUAAAGUAGCUGAGGUGCGUUCAAUGAUGGACAAGAAGGGUCUUCGUAAAACCCCUGGCUGUAGUUUAGUGGAGCUAAGAAAUGAGUUUCAUACUUUCCAUUCUGGAAGCACACUCCAUCCUCAAUCACGAGAGAUUUAUGCUUAUCUGGAUUCACUUAUUGAGAGGAUAAAAUCUGUAGGUUAUGUUCCUGAUACCAAUUCUGUACAUGAUGUAGAAGCCGAUGUACAGGAGCAAUUGCUUAGCAGCCACAGUGAGAAACUAGCCAUUGCAUUUGGUCUUUUGAAUACAAAUCAUGGGGUACCUAUACAUAUUCGAAAAAAUCUUCGUGUCUGUGGUGAUUGCCACAAUGCAACCAAGUACAUUUCACUCGUGACAGGCAGAGAAAUUAUUGUGCGUGAUAUGCACAGAUUCCACCAUUUCAAGAAUGGGACCUGCUCAUGUGGUGAUUACUGGUAA